AGAGAGAGGGAGCGGGAGAGCGAGGGAGAGAGUAAGAGAGGGAGCGAGAGAGAGGGGGAGCGUGAGCACAAGUGAUAAGGAAAGCGAGAAAUAGAGGGCAGGGGAGAGAGAGAGCGAGGGCGUGAAAGAAGGAGAGUGAGAGAAAAAGACAGAGAGGGAGAGCGAGGGAGAGCGAGCAGAGAGGAUGAGAUUCGCCGAGCGGACAGCAAGCGCGCUCUUUGUCUGCUGAAUUACCGUCGGGGGCGAUCUGUGAUUGAUCUGCAGCGGCACGGCAAGGAGAGGAGCACGCGGCGGAGGUGCCGGGAGCAGCUUGGCCAGGAGCGCGAUGCGUCUCUCCCCGCCCGGAGGCUCCUGCGCCCCGCGCCCAUAGAGGGGGCCAUGUGCAGAUGAGGCGGGGGUCACUGCCUGGGGAGAAGGAGCUCCUGUCCCUCCCGCUGCUCUGGAGAACCAGGGAGGCCCCGCGGGGAGCUCUGUGACACGACGAUGGCUAAGCGUCCCAGUGCGCCGCGGCGGCAUUUCCAGCCUGCAUUCCCCCGAAAACGCUGCGCCCGCCAGUGAGGAAGCGCUGACCCGCCAGCCCCACGCUCCACCCGCUCCUAUGGUGCCCAGACCUGGGGCUGCCUGCACCCCGGCUCACCGGAGGGGGACCUGCGGAAAGGGCUUCGCCCGGAGGAGCUAAAGCCUCCCGCCUGCUCUGCCGAGCCACAGUUCAGCCCCGUAUUGCUUCUGCCUGGAGAACAAUGAGCUCGGAGGAGGAUACCUUCAGGACAUUUUUCCAGUAUGUGGAGGACAGUGGGCUGAGGGCCUACGAUGGUCUGGUCAUUCAGAACGCCUCGGACAUCUCGCGCGAGAGCGACCGCGUGAGGAAUGAGACUAACUGGGCUUACCUGCAGGAAAAACAUGAGAAGAGGAGGAGACAGGAGGAAGCCAUAAAAAGGAUUGGCGAGGACGUUGCCCGGGGGACGGACGGCGGGUAUCCGGGGAAACACUUCCGCAUGGGCUUCAUGACCAUGCCCGCCCCGCAGGACCGGCUGCCCCACCCGUGCGGGGCGGGGUUUUCCGUGCGCUCGCAGUCCCUGCACUCCGUGGGCGGCGGGGACGAGGACAGCUGCUCCAACUCCCGCAAGCAGCCCCCCCCCAAACCCCGCAGGGACCCCAACACCAAGCUCAGCUUCUCCUCCGAGACGGUGAACGCCGGCUCCACCGGGGGCAGGGCCGGAAAAGAGCUGGACAAGUCCGAUGGCAGGUCCAGGCCCUGCAGCGAGGAUCUCAGGAGGGUCCCUCCCCCAAAGCCCAAAAGGAACCCCAACACCCAGCUGAGCACGUCCUUCGACGAGUCCUACAUCAGGAAUCACGGCGGCAAGAAGACGCCCAAGCGGGAGAAGGCCUCAUCGCAGUCCCAGAGCCCCACUCGGGACACAGACGAGGAUGAGCCCGUGUACAUCGAGAUGGUGGGCAACAUCCUGCGGGAGUUCCAGCGUGACCAGGAGGAGCCGGGGGAGGCCGUGUACGAGGAGAUGAAGUACCCCGCCUUCGAGGACCUGGCCCAGGAGCCUCGCUGGGAGCCGGUGGGGUCCUCCUCCCAGUGCUCCACGCCCACCAUCCCCGACCUGGAGGUCACACGGGUCGGCACGCCCCGGGGCUCCCUCUGCGACAUCCCCGCCCCUUUCCCCAACCUGCUGACUCACCGGCCCCCCCUGCUGGUGUUCCCCCCGGCCCCCGCCCAGUGCUCCCCAAACUCUGACGAGUCCCCGCUGACCCCCCUGGACGUCACCAAGCUGCCCAUGCUGGAGAACGUGUCCUACGUCAAGCCGGGAGCGUCGCCCGCCCCCGGCGAAUCGCAGCCGUCCUCCCACCGGCGGGCGGAGAAGGAGGCGCCGGCCACGCCCACCAUCACGGCGUCGGGCCGCUCAUCAGCGCCCCCGCUGCCGUCCUCGCUGUACAAGGCCUCGGCCUCGGCCCACGGGUACCCGCGCAGCCACUCGGCCUGCCCGUCGCCGGUGAGCGUGGGCCGCUCGCUCACGCCCCUCAGCCUGAAGCGGCCGCCGCCCUACGAGGCGCUGGUGGCGGGCGGGAUGGCGCGCAGCGCGUCCGCAGUGGCUCAGUGCCCCCGGAGCGCGUCUCAGGACGGGGGCCGGAUGUCCGGCUCCUCCAGCGCCCACGGCUCCAUGCAGAACGUGUCGCGCUCGCGCACCCCCACCAGCCCCCUGGACGAGCUCUCCAGCCUCUUCAGCGCCGGCCGCGGCGCGCUCAAGAAGUCCUCCAGCGGGAGGAGGCCCAAGGAGCCCGCCGAGAGCGAGGCCAAGAGCCGGAGUCACAGCACGGACACGCUGCCACGUCACGAGGGCAGGGACAGGGGGGGUCACCAUGGCGGCAAGGAGCCCCCACUGGCGGGCGAAUGGGAUGGCAUGUCAGGACAAUCAGCCACGCCCACACCCACAUCUACACCAAUCAGACUGGGGCGCAGCUCUGUCAGCCCCACCGUGAUGCUGGGGAGUAGCAGCACAGAGCCCAAGGCGGGAUGCAAGCUGGGCCGGUCAGCCUCUACACCGGGCGUGCCCCUCCCAGGGACCCCCCAGCGACAGGCCCCAGAGGCGCUGCAGAGCCAGCAGGUGGCGCUGUUGCCGUGGGCAUGCGGGGACAGCACCAUGAUGGAGACCAUGGAGAAGAAGCGCAGUCUGUGCCGGGAGAUCAGGGCCAGGCAGCGGGCGGAGAGAGGCCUGUGUAAGCAGGAGAGCAUGCCCGUCCUCCCCAGCUGGAGGAAGACCAACGGCCCCAGCAAGUACAACCCGCCCCCCUACUCCACCCAGACCACCGUCUUCUGGGACACCGCCAUAUGAUAGGCUCCCGUCCCAGCGCCAUCAGUUAUUUCAGCCAAUUACAGAGUAGGGCUAGAGGGCAGGUACGAACGACUGCGUGGUCCAGUGUAGCAAACGUAAAUAUCCCAGAGUUCAGACGAUCAUGUUUUACUAUAACUGUUUAUAUUUAAUAUUUUUGUAUUUGAAUUAUUGUCUUAAUAUGAAAUCUACUCAGUAUUAUUAGCUAUUUUCUAAACAAAGAGGAAUAUGUUUAAAAAAUGAAAAGAUGUAGGUUUAGUGAUGUUUUGUUUUCAGACCUUGUUUUGGUAUUUAUAUUGCGAGGCACUCAUAUGCAUCAAUAUUGCUUUGUUGAAAAAAAUAUUAUGAUGUGUGUUAAAGUCAAUUCAGUGAGCACUUCACUGUUUUUAUAAAAAAUCAGAAAUAUUUGAUUUUCUUAAGGUCAUAAAAAGUACUAUUUUGGAUGGAAUAUAUUUUGGCAUGUUGGGUUGAGAUGUUUACAGAAGCCUUUUGACUACGUGAGACUUCCAGCUCCUUCCUGUCCAUACACACCUUAUCGACCCCGAGCAGAGCCCUCGCCUGCGUGCAGUUCCUUACUCUCUGUCACAUAAAGUGUUGUGGAUGCAGGUGAUGUCACGGUGCUGGGGAUGUCACAGGUGAUGUCACGGUGCUGGCGAUGUCACAGGUGAUGUCACGGUGCUGGUGAUGUCACAGCUGAUGUCACUGUGCUGGUGAUGUCGCAGGUGAUGUCAGGCUCGACUGGAGACCUGGCACAGGGUAUGAGGGCAGGGACUUUCCGAUGGCAGACUGGGGACGGGUAUGCAACAGGCGCGUGACCUGCGGUUGCGCCCAGUGCUGAAUGAGUUGUCGACAAAUUAAACCAUUUGAAUCAUGGUGCCUGGAAAGUGAGAUGCUCGUGACAAAUCUAUUUCAACCAGCCAAUGUCUGUGGGUGGAAAUAGCCAGGCUGUUAUUACCCUGGGCACAUCAGAGUAGUGGCAAUAACUACGUACAGACCAUAAUCUUUACCUGCUCUGCACAAUAACCACAGCUCACCCAUGAAAUGGUGAAACCCAAAUACCUUUCUUUCACUCAUCAUAUAGCAAACUGCCAUUGCUUUUAGUUGUAUUUCAUUUGGCAAAUGUAAACAGUUAGGGGGGAACACAGACAAUGCGAAAAGUUCUUUUUAAUCUUUCUUGUAGUUUUCUUUAAACUGAAUAUGAGUUCAACAUUUCUACAGUGUAUAGUUUCCAAUGGACAUGACUCCACUCCAUCAACAGUUUGAUACCACUGUGACUGAUAAUUGGCUGACUGCAUCAUGGAACAAGCAGUGAUUGGCUGGUUGCCCAGUAAAUUAGAUUGUAAGAGGGCUGCUGCCAUAGCUCUAGAACUGCCCAUUAAUAAGGGCUAAAUUGCCAUCUCCUGAAAACUACCCUACAUCAUAUUAACAUACACACUUCACUGUCUAGACAGUAGAAACUUUACAUUUUCAGAAAUAAUGUCUCAUAGCCUGUUUUCCAUUUCACUUGAUGUCAUUACAUUGUGCACUUUAGAUUAUAUAAUUGUACUAAGAACAAAGUAAAUAUUGAUAAUUUACUGCAAUUCUGAUAAUAAUAAGUAAGAGUUUAACUUAACACCUGGUGUGUUUAUCUUUCUUUGGUGCCAACUUACAUGGUUUUCUUGUAAAGUGCUAAUGCUAAUGACAGAUGCAAUCCAGUAAACUCCGUUGCUAAUGGGAAAUCUUGACGUGAAACCAUCAGAAACCAUCUUAGAGUCACCAUCGGUCACAAGGGAAGUCCUCCAGGCACCAUGUAGACUCCGAACUGGACACUUGCGAGUCUCAUAAGUGGUCAUGUCUGCUCUGUAGGCUCUGACGCCCCAUUGCACUACUGACAGUGUUCCUGUGACGUGCAGAACUACACGCAGGACACCAGAGCGCUCAGGGAGACACAGACACACUGUCCACAGUGCCCAGCCCCAAGGGAGACAUCAGGUGGGCUCCUCCCAAAGAACAUCCUUAACCCCCCCCCCCACUGCACCUGUCCCUCUGUCCCCUCUACCUCUCCCUCCCUUUCCUAUCCUCCCCCACCCUCCAGAAAACAACAUGCACACAACAGGCCAGUGUUUAUAGUUUAUAGCUUCAGAGUGUUGCCUGACUGAACGUUCAUGAAUGUUCUAUUGUUGCCCAACGUAGACUGUGGUCGUGGUCCUUAGCAAAAACGUAUAAACACACUCCAGUCACCCAGAGUAUAAGCCAAACGUUGACCUGCCACAUCGACAGCAUUUGUCAUUUGUUGGCAGCGACACUCUGUAGCUGGACUAUAAGCUGGCCUUCAGCCCCACUUGCACAAACACGAGCAUGCACACUCAUACACACUGAGACAGACACGCACACACGCAAAUGCGCACUUGAUCAGCGCCAGCGCACAUCUUUGUUAAAUGCGUUGCCUUGGAGACCAGGGUUCACUGUGACAUGGUGGUCACUUUGGGGUGAAAGGGUGCCCACACGAGGCUGCCAGUCAGAAUCACUGUUUCGGGUGCACAGCGAGCGGGUAAACAAUGCGGGGUUGAUGAAAAUGAGUAAAAAUUAUUUGAGAGAGGAAAUAAAUAUGCUAAUGAGCUACCAAAUAGCUGCACUGCAGCUUAAAGUUGAGGCCCAACCUGUGGGACAAAGAUGGCAUGCAAUCAAAGACCAGCCGCACCUGGGGCUCAAAAUGGGGUCGGCCUCGAUCUGCUAUGUGGCCUGAGCUAUUGAACACACAGAUCGGUUAUCGGAUGAUUGUUUUAAAACACUAUUCUCUGUGUCUGUCGAUUUGAAAUGCAGGAUGAUGCUGUACUGUAUAUUUUGUGUUGAGGUGAACUGUGAAAUCUAAGAAAAACACAGUGAUGUCACUGUAUAUGUCUUUCUUGCACUGAGAGUGUCAUUUUUAUUUUUUGAAUAUGUGGAAAAGGUAUGCUUAUUGUAACAGUUUUCUUUUGAGAGUUUACAGAAGAUGAUAAAUAAAUAUUUUGCAUUUCAUUGAGAGGAAAUGCACUUACCCA